ACAACGCCGAAUCGAAUUCGUCCUUUCACAAAGAUUUGCCCCAAAUGUUAUCUCUUUGUGAAUUUAUUAUUCUCAAUCUAUUUCACACUCUGUCUCCGCAUCCUAUUUUGUAAAAAGCCUUCACAGGAUUACAGCAUGAAUGGUGAGGCAAGUCGGAAGGAUAAUCCCCUUACAUUUGCAACAAUCUGGGCCGAUUCUCAAUUACACUAACAACCGUGACACUUUCGCUUGGCACAAGAUAAUAAAUGAUUCUGUCAUGGAGAAAGGGGCUUCUUUUGGAUUAUUUCGGUGUUGUAUGUUAUUCGCAGUAAUCCUAAUACGCUUUCCCUACUACUGUCAAGGAAAUUGGAUGUGGUUAGGAUCCACGGCCAGUGGAGUUACCGAGAAGAUGGGGUGUCUAGGUUUGCCACUUUCAAACAAACAGAAAGAUCUAUGUAAAAGAAAGCCCAAUCUUUUGCCGACCAUUAAAGAAGGAGCACGCAUUGGUAGUUAUGAAUGCCAGAAUCAGUUUAAACACGAGAGGUGGAACUGCUCAAUUACAAAUGAUUACUCUGUCUUUGGCUAUGAGCUAACCAGUGGUACGAAGGAAAGUGCCUUCAUCCAGGCGGUGAUGGCGGCGGGACUGGUUUACUCGGUGACCCGAGCCUGUAGCGCCGGGAACCUGACCGAGUGCUCCUGUGACAGGAGCCUACAGAGCGGCGGCUCCGCCGAUGAGGGCUGGCAUUGGGGAGGCUGUUCCGACGACAUCCAGUACGGCGUGGCGUUCAGCAGGAAGUUCAUCCACUCGACCGAGAAACCUUCGAGCCCCGACCUCCCAGGAGAGAAGGAAGCUCGGGAAACCAUGAUCCUGCACAACUCCGAGGCUGGCCGCCAGGCAGUGUCCAAAUUGAUGUCUGUGAACUGCCGUUGUCAUGGAGUCUCUGGCUCGUGUGCUGUGAAGACUUGUUGGAAAACCAUGUCUUCCUUCGACAAAAUCGGUCAAUUUCUGAAACAGAAAUACGAGCACAGCAUCCAGAUCUUGGACAGAUCAAAGAAAAAGGUGCGUCGCAAAGACAAGGUGCAGCGGAAAGUGCCUGUGAACAGGGAAGAUCUGGUAUAUAUUAAAAAGUCACCAAAUUAUUGUGUGGAGGAUAAGAAGCUUGGGAUCCAUGGGACCCGGGGGAGGCAAUGCAACCGUACCUCACCAGCCGCUGAUGGUUGCAACUUGCUGUGUUGUGGCCGGGGAUAUAACACGCAUGUAGUCCGGCACGUGGAACGGUGCGACUGUAAAUUUGUGUGGUGUUGCUACGUGCGCUGUCGGAGGUGUGAAACUAUGACUGAUGUGCACACCUGUAAGUAGCUGCUAGACACAAAACAAGGAUAGUUCAUAAAUGGUUUGGGCUAAAGGAGCACGUAUUCAGAGUCAAGUGAUAUUAUUAACCUCUAAUGAGCAGUUGACGCAUUACAACACUGAGCAAGCAUAAUUGCAAGGAAUUUAAAUAGACAGGACAUUCAGUUCAGAAGAAAAUAUGUCCAAUAUCCUAUUAUCUGUAUCGGUGAACUGUGCAAACAUAAAAGGCCAAAAAGAUGAGGCCAUUUUGUUUGGAGUGACCACAACCAUUGUUAAAAUCAUUUUAGAUGAUCCUUCAAAAGAGCAUCAAGGAAAUCUCAGAGGAACAGCAAUAAUACUGAAGUGUUAUAGUAAUAGCAUUUAUAACAGUUUAAACAAUAUAAAGUAGAAAUGCUAACAUUCCAUAAUGAACAUCUGAAAAUUAUGUUAGAUGUCAAUAGUGUAACUAAUAUAAAAUGGUUGUACUAAAUUUGUUCUAGGAUUUUAAAAAUAAUUAAAAAUUCCAAGAAGCUUGCAUUGCCUGCAGUCCAUGGCAUAAUAUUUACCUCUGGAGGAUAAAAUCUUCCAAAUUGUUGUCUGUUCAGAGUUGGAAAUGAAAAUAUGACAUUUACUCAGUGAUGACACUGUAUUUCAGUUGCAUGGCAACUAUGUAUCAAAAGUUAUAUUACUUACAAAGUAAAAAUUUAACUUGCUAUGCUGAGUUCUAAAAGAAUAGCAUUUCAUACUUUUUUAAAAUAUAUGUACAGAGAACUUUAGUUUUGGAUAACAAACAUACUAACAGCUUAUCUGUAAAUAUUGUUUAACUUAUGCAGAUCAUGUAUAAAAGUGUCAAUCAUUCUUUCUGUAAAAUAUGUAGAUUGUCACUAAUCUUGUACUUGUUCAAUAUAUAUAAAGAAGUACUGAGUGAAUUGGUAGCAUUUUAAACUUGUCUAUUUUUCCUUUAGUUUUCUGCAGAUUGUUGAUAAAUGGCAGUUUUAGUGUUUCAGUGAUUCUGAUACAUUGAUUUAUCUUGCAGGAAGUAUUUUGAGAACUGGAAAACAAUAAAUAUUUCUUUUGGAACAAAUGCAUUAACUUUUAAGUUAUUUGAAACUAGGACUGUAUGUAACAGUUACCCAACUUCUCUUAAAGCUCAAGAUUGUGUGGGGUAGUGAUUUGUGAAAAAUAACAAGCUAACGAAAAAUACCACAAGUCCAUUUUUUUAAAGAAAGAAUUUUAGUUAAAUCAUGACCAGGGGUUAAAAGUCUAGGCCUGUUUUAUAUAGUCUGAUGUAGAGAUGAAAAAUAACAAGUAAUCUACUGAGAAUCAAACAAUUUGACAUUUGUUUUGGCUGAAAUGAAUUUUCUAACUGAACUUUAGCAGUCACUGGACUUUUAAUUUGCACAAUAUUUUGAUGCUCUGACAGUAUAAUGAUUUGAAGUCUGUACCUAUUGCAUAGUGCGCAAGACAAAAAGUAAUGGAAGUAAGAAUGCAAAAGCUUGCACUCAAGAUCUUGCUAUGCACUUCUGUGUAUUUUGAGUUUUAGUUCAGUUAUGAGUAGUGCUCUUUGUCCUCCAUCAUGCUGCUUCAGUCUUGCAACUGUCCAUUCAGUGUUUUCACAGAAUUGUUACAGUACAGAAAGUAAGCUAUUCCACCCGUUGUCUGCAGCAGCUCUUGGAAUAUUUUGACUUGUUGCCAAUAUCGUGCCUUUUUCCUUGCAUGUUGUCUCUAUUCAAAAUCGAUUGCCCUCUUCACUACUUUAAUUGAACCUGCCUUCACCAUGCUUCCAGACAGUGCAUUCCAUACUCUAACUACUCAUCAUGUGAAAUUUAUUUUCUCCCCUUGCAUUUGCUUCUUUUGCAAAAUACUUUAAUCCUGUGACUACUGGCGCUCAAUCCUUUUGAGUGGGAACAGUUUCUCCCCAUCUAUACUAUCCAGGCUGAGCCUGAUUAAAUGGCAUUAAAAACCAUUUAAACACAUUAUUACAAUAAAUGAAAAUGAGUACUUGUAACAGCGUUGAAGAUCAUGCUAUUAUUUGGGUAAUAGCUUUAUUCCUGACUGAACAGCAAGAAUAAUUGUAAAUUGUUAAAACUUCAUUUUUAUGUAGAAUGGAUGAAUUUUGGACAAAUCCUAAAAAGAUCUAAUAAGAACAUUAGAAACAGAAGUAUCCUGUAUAGGCAGGCCAUUCAACCCUUUGAGCCCACUCUAUCAUUCAAUGAGAUCACAGCUGACCUACUUUAAUACAAUUUUCCUUAAAUAUUUCUUAAUGUUUUGAAUAUGUAGAAAUUGAUCAAUCUCUUCAUGAAAAAUAUAAAUGAUUUUCAGCCCUCUGAGUCAGAGAAUGAAGAAGCCCCUCUUCAUUCCGUUUUAAAUAUCCUGACUUGUAUUCUGAUACUCUGUUCCCUGGUUCUAGACUCAACAACGAGUGGUAACAUCCAUGUUUACCCUGUAAAAUAUAUGUAAAUUUCAUUGAGAUUAACUUUUCAUUCUUGGAAUCUAUAGAAUAUAAGUGCGGUUUCUUCAAUCUCUCCUCGUAAGGAAAUCCUGCCAGGAAUUACUUAAUUGAACUACUUUUGCUGUAUUUCCUCUAUAGCAAGUAUGUAUUUCUGUGGCAAUGGAGUCCAAAAUAAAUAAGUGUCUAACAUCCUUGUGCUGAUUACAAAGUAUAUUUUUUCUGUAAUUUAGCUAAUUUGAUGUAUUUGAUUCAGAAUAUAUUGUAUUGUCAACUGUAUUUUUAAAAUAGGAAUUACUUGUCAAGUUCCACUAAAAUGAAAACAAAACCUUUAGUUACAACUACCAAAGUAACAUCUUAUAUCACACAAAUAUCACAGCCUACAGCAUCAGUCUCACAGGUAAAGGGGAAUUUACAGCAAACACAAAGAAAUGCUUCACACAACUGAAUGAGUAUGUAAUAUCAGGUUGAAUUCUUAAAUAUUUUGCAGAUAGUGGAUAAUCUGUUUCAGAUCUUUAUAAAUAAAUAUUUUCUUGCAUUUCAAUGGACUUUGAUAUUGUACCUAAAGCUCAACUCUGGUAGGAACUGUGCUGAGUUGGUGUACUGGAAAUAAGACUUGUGCCUUAUUUGCAGUUGGUGGUUUUGUAGACACAAACAGAAAUAUUUGCUAACAAUAGUAAAUAUUUUGUGGGAGUUACAAGGAACAAAAAUCUUAAUUGGUUUUAUAAGCAGACCCUCUGGUCAAUUAGGAAUGGGCAAUAAACGUUGGCGUAGCCAGUGACACUCUCAUCCCAUGAAUAAAAAAAAGAUGAACUCCAUUGAGACCAGUAUAAUGAAACAGAUUUUCUGAAGAAGGGUCCAGGCCCGAAACGUCAGCCUUCCUGCUCCUCUGAUGCUGCUUGGCCUGCUGUGUUCAUCCGGCUCUACACCUUGUUAUCUCUAAUGAAACAGAUAAGCUGCCUCCCAACACCCCACUGUUAGUUUCUGUCAUACAGGGUCCAUGGAGGAUGUUCAUAAAUAGGAUUAUUUUCUUAAGGUGUAAACUGAAAAACAGUUCAUUUCUUAAAAGUUUUGUGGAGGGAUGUACACAAUCUUUUUCGUCCCUAUGCUACAUUCAUUAUAAUUUGUAUUUUUUAA